AAAAGGUCCAAGCGGACUACUACCCCUCAGCACUCAUGACUGCCAUGUGGGUACACCGCAACCAGUCCAAUGAAAUCACCCAGGUAACUGGCGAUCUCGACAAGGGGCCGGUCAACCAUGUCAUCAUUCACGAUCCGCGCAUCAUCAGAUCUCUCGGUCUUGAUGAGCCACCGUUCGAUACCAUCACCCUACAAUCCCCAAGCCGUGUAGACGAGACAUACGACAUACGUAUCCUUCCAGGCCAAAACCCUCAAGACCUUGAUUCCUGGGUUGUUGGUGAGCUCGUAUCCGCUCGACACGCGUACUUGUAUUGGCUUGAUGGCAGACAAUGCUCGGAUCCAAAGGGACCGCCUACUGCUGCUGAAGCGAGGGCCAUAGCUACAAAGACGGGUAGAAGGGCAUUGGACGUCAAGAUGGAAAUUGAUGCGUAUUGGAAAAUGGAAUGUGGCACUGGAGGGAGGAAAGUUAGAGAAAAGCGGGUAGUGUAUCUGGGCGAGGAUCCUGAAUAUCCUGAGGGUGCCGAGGUGAAUCAUUUCGGAAAUCAGUGGGUGUAGAAAGCGAUGGUAUUGUUAAAAAGGGGGUUCGGUCUGCACAAUGUCUCACUAGAAUCCCACUCCGAGGCGUUACAGACAUCAGUCUACUCCAUCAAUAAUCCAGAUUCAGGAAUCAAUUAAAUCAA